GAUGAAUUGUACUAAAUACAUUAUUAGGAAUUUAUGUAACAUGCGGUAUCAAAAGCUUAAAGUUGGCGCCAUCAAGAAACUAACCUAAAACUAUCCUAACCUUAAACACCUUUACCUCUUUAUUUGUUAUUUUGUAAUAAUUACAAUAACAAACAUGUCCCUGGUACCUGAUUAUGAAGAUUCCUCCUCGUCUUCGUCAUCUUCACACUCAGAAUCCUUGUCAGACGAAGAGAUCACGAAAGAAGAUGCCGUAAGCUGCACAGAAACCACAACACUUAAGCCAAAGUUGCCGACCCCUGGAUUCCUUGGGGCCACAGGAGAAUCAGUGAAAGCCACCACUUCAGUAUUCACAAACCCCUUCAUCGAAGCUGAACAGACAGAGGAGGCCAUCCUUGAGAAGCAUGUGAAGAUGGUCAGCAAGAAAGAUAAUGUGGUCAUCAAUGGGAAGAAGGUUUGCUGGAAUUACAGGAAGGGAAGAUGCAGGUUUGGACACAAUUGCAAGUAUGCACAUGACUCGGAUCUGCAGAAGACCAAGGAGGAACUUAGUUUGGAGAAUAGGGUGGAGAACACAGUGAUCUGCCAGAAUCAGGAGCUGACACAGCCCAGCGCACAAGAGCUGCUGCAGAUUAAAAAUGAUUCAACAGCAGCCAACCAGAAGCGAAAGAGACCUGGCCUAACUCAAGGUCUAGUACCUGGAAAGAAAGUAAUGAGGAGCUACAAGCAACAACACAAUAAAACACAGUAGUCUUAUUAAUUAUAAUAUAUUAAUAUUAUUUAUAACGUAAUGUAAUUUUUACAAAAACUUUUCACAUCUUUUGAAAGUAGUGUUUUUUAAAAAUGAU